CUGCAGUCAUUUUGAUCAACUGCGAGUUCCAAGCGACUUGUGUGCAAGUUGUGCAACAACAAAGUAAACCUACAAGCGAAUUUCAUUCAACAACAUUACAAUGGCCCUUCUACCGUAUUUGUUGGACGAUUUUAGACCUCGUCGAGUUCGAGACCAACUCUUCGGGCUGGAUUUGGCAGAUGAUUUGCUGACCGAUGUCUUCGACCGGCCGCGUAUUCAACUGCGGCACUACAUUCGCCCCUGGAGAAAUUUGGCGGCAAUGUCACGGGACGUCGGGUCUACCAUCAAAAGUGAUAAGGACAAGUUCCAAGUGAAUAUCGACGUGCAGCAUUUCGACCCUGAGGAGAUAUCAGUGAAGACGUCCGAUGGUUUCAUAGUCAUCGAGGGGAACCACGAAGAAAGGAAGGAUGAGCACGGCUAUAUUUCCAGAAGUUUCAAGCGCAGAUAUGCUCUGCCAGAAGGCUGUAAUCCUGAGACCGUGGAAUCAAGGUUGUCUUCAGACGGCGUCCUGACUGUCGUGGCUCCGAAAUCUUGUAAGGAAAAAGAUGAAAGAGCUGUACCCAUCACGCAUACCGGGCCCGUAAGAAGGAAACCACAAGAAGAUGAACAGAACGGCGAUGUUGAAGAAGUAGUCAAGUCUCCAAUGAAGAAACGUAGGCGAUAAAUUAAUGAUUCUAUUCCAUAGAUUAAGUUACUAGAUUCUAGU